GUGAUACUUGUCAAACUAUAAGGUGUCAUUACCGUCCACUGACAGAGCUUAUACCUCCACAACAUGUUGAACAUUACUAAGUGACAUGUUUAACGCUAGCUACUUCAUUUCAUAUCAAGUUAUGUGGUCUAAAAACACCUCCAUGCUGUGGUUUCGCUAGCUAAUGUCGUCGCUACACUUCCGUGGUAGCUAAGAAUGAACUGUGUGAAGCAGUCUGACAGCGACAGGUGGUGAUAACAGACCAGCCUAAUCCAGGCACCAGCCAACUAGAGAGCCUGGCCUUUGUUUACCUGCUUCUCAGGUAAGACGUAAAAGGUGAGCAGGGGGCAGGGCCACCCACGCCGUAGAAGGGAUGCCUGUGGAGGGCGGAAGCAGCAGCGGCUCUGCUUCGGCGGCCCGUCACCCCAAGCAGAAGCGAAAGGCUCACAGUUUGUCUAUUCGGCGCACCAACAGCACAGAGGAGAGGCCAGCCGGCAUCCUGAGAGGAGAUAUGCUGGAGGGACAGGACUCCAAGCUGCCCCUCUCCUUACGCAACAACCUUCUUGACCUUUUUGGCCAGAUUGAGCGCGAGUUUGAAAAUCUCUACAUUGAAAACCUUGAAUUACGCCGGGAAAUUGACUCUCUGAACGAGCGUCUGACCGGAGACGGACAGAUUAUUGAGGGAGGAGACCCAACCAAGGGAGCUCUGAAAACAAAAGCCAGCCACAGCACCAGUCAACUGUCACAGAAGCUGAAGACGACCUACAAAGCCUCUACCAGCAAGAUUGUGUCCAGUUUUAAAGCCACCGCAGGGUCCCGGGCUUUGUGCCAGCUGCUCAAGGAGUACGUGGGCCACCGGGAUGGGAUCUGGGACCUCAGUAUCACCCGAACUCAACCAGUAGUCCUGGGCACCGCCUCCGCAGACCACUCAGCUCUGCUGUGGAGUAUAGAGACUGGGAAAUGUUUGCUGAGGUAUGCUGGCCAUGCAGGAUCAGUCAACUCCAUCAAGUUCCACCCCACAGAGCAGAUGGCCCUCACAGCCUCUGGGGACCAGACGGCUCACAUCUGGCGCUACAUGGUGCAGCUUCCUGCCCCCCAGCCACCACCAGAUGUCAGUGCUCCAUGUGAUGACGACCAGGACUCGUCAGACAGAGAAGAAGGUGAAGUGGAUGGCGAGGGUCCUUGCGAGGUCCCCACUGUCCGGGUCGCUACAGCAACCCUGAAGAGCCACCAGGGUGUAGUGAUCGCAGCUGAUUGGUUGGUGGGAGGCCGACAAGUGGUGACAGCUUCCUGGGAUCGUGCUGCCAACCUGUAUGAGGUGGAGACGUCUGAACUGGUUCAUGCACUCACUGGACACGACCAGGAGCUGACCCACUGCUGCACCCACCCCACCCAGCGGCUGGUGGUCACCUCAUCCAGAGACACCACCUUCAGACUGUGGGACUUCAGAGAUCCAUCCAUCCACUCUGUCAACGUCUUCCAGGGACACACUGACACGGUGACGUCGGCAGUGUUCACGGUGGGUGACAACGUGGUUUCAGGGAGUGACGACCGCACCGUCAAGGUGUGGGAUUUGAAGAACAUGAGGUCGCCUAUAGCAACCAUCCGCACUGACUCAGCUGUGAACAGGAUAAGCGUCUCUGCCAACCAGAGGAUCAUCGCUCUACCACACGACAAUCGACAAGUCCGACUGUUUGACAUGAGCGGAGUGAGGCUGGCCAGACUUCCACGCAGCAACAGAAUGGGUCACAGGCGAAUGGUGUGUUGUACGGCGUGGAAUGAAGAGAACCAGUCGUGCAACCUGUUCACCUGCGGCUUCGAUCGACAGGCCAUCGGCUGGAACAUCAACAUCCCUGCCCUGCUGCAGGAGAAGUGAUGACGCACACACACACACACACAGAAACACAGUUAAGUAGGAGACGGUACACAUAAACACUGUAAUCUGUGGCCUCGCACACGCUAGUAUGUUUAAAGUGGUUACCCAGUGAAGCAUUUUAGUUGUCAUGUUACUUUUGAGGAUGUAGCCAUUAAGGUUGAUUUGAUAAGAGCAUAUUCCCCAGAUGAAUUACUCUGUCAUUUAUUGUUACAGUUGCAACCUGCAGAACAUCUCCAGGUGUUAAAUGACUGACAUGGUUUAAGCGUUUUAAAGUCCAGAGGCCUGUACUACGAAGCAAGUUCAACAUACCCAGGCUAUCUUUUCGUUACCUGGCUUAACUAACCCUACCAAACAUGAUCCCGCUAUGCUGUCCUACGGCGCAGGUUAUCAACUCGGUAAAUCAGCCCAGGGUUUCUCAAUCAAAGGAAGAGCAAACUAUAGUAUUUGACAAAUACGAAUAAAUUAAACACAUAAUCCAGGCUUAAAGUAACACAGUUGAAGCUGCCAAAUGCAGGAAGGACAGCUUGCAAAAGAAAAAAUUGCCGAUGUGUGAAUGAUUAAAUUAACACACUUCUAAUUAAUUUAACAGAAUACUCAAAAGUCAGAUAUAGUCAUCUAGAUAUUAUAAAAAGCUUUCAGAGAAUAAUGGAUGAAUACACCACACUUCAUUACGUCAUUUAACAACAAUGUGGCGUGUAGGACUAUUUCAGCCUUCUCUCAGCUCCGACUGCGGCGGUGUCAAACGGACUUGAGAGCAAGUCAAAAAAACAAAAACAUAAUACAAAGCGGUAAGCACUCACAGCAUACAGCCAGCUGUCCUUCCUGUAUUUGUCAGUUUAAACUGUGUUGCUUUUAGCCUGGAUAUGUGUUUAAUUUAGUAGGCGGUGCUUUCAUAAAUUGAUCUCUAAUCUCGAACAUAACAUGCUCCAGAGCAGGUUAUAUGUUCAGCAUAAAUUACCAUGGCGAUCUACCCCGGUAAGAAGUGAACCACCGUCGUAGGACGGAAAACCCAGGAUUAACCCUGAAGUCACCUCGCUAACUCCAAAUCCUGCUUCGUAGUCCAGGCCUCUGGUGUGUGAGAGGCCACAGAACUGAUCUCCUGCAUUUGACCCUUUCACUUAUUUAGCAUGCGUUGUGAAUUGUGACACGGCUAGGCUGAUUCUUUCGUUCCUAGCCUAUUUUUGUUUUAAAGUAUAAAAGUAUAUAUUUGACUCCACAGUCAUAGGCUGCUGUUCACAUCACUGUUGUUUAGUUACUGCUGAAUGGUUGCUCUUGCAUGUAGAUAAUCUCAGUUUGCAAAUGUUACUUGUAAAGAUGUGAUAAAACAAUUAUACGGCCAGGAGAGUUUGUAGAAUAUGAUAUAAAGAAGGUGUGUAUAUAUUAUGUCGUGGCCUGAUUAAGUGACCUGUGUUGCAGGUUGUUGCUAUUUCAUGGAUUUAGUGUCUUACAGUUAUCUACCUUAUUGAGGGUGGAGUUUGGCAGAGGUAGCGUGGUUCUGUGAAAUGUUUUUAUCCUUUUUAGUCGGACUUGAAAUAUUUGUUAUCAUGGAACAAAACAUACAAUAUUCAGGCCGGCCAGAUUACCUGUGCAGCAUGCAGGCUGCUGGGUCAUUCAGUUGUCUUAAAAUGUUUCAGGAUCUGCUGUCCUGUGAAGGUUUUCAUUGAUUUAAGAUGUGAGUACUUGCCUAUUACCUUUGAUGCUUUCAAUUCACAGCCAGCCUCCAUAUUUCCAGAUUUUGUGGUCAAUAUUACAAAAGAUACUGUAACUCUGCCUUGUUCCAUGUUUACAGUAGGAUUUUAAUUUUUAAUGUAUUGCUCUAGUCUGCCUCUCCGUUAGACUGCAAAGUGUCAAGAGCACAGCAAUAAUGGGAAAAUGACAGCACUUCUGUCGUUCACAAAUCUUUUGUAGGUCUGUGAAUGGGAUGUGUUCAACAUAAUCAUAAUCUAGUGUUCCCUAUAUGUUGCAGGUUUAUGUGAUACUACUUUUAGCCAUAAGAUGCGCCCAUAUUUGCUCGGUGUCAGUGAAAUACAGACCCAUCCUCUUCAGCCCGUGUUGCCGUAAUGUGUCAUCCCCAACUUGUUGCUUACUGGUCACUUCUGUGCUUGAGUAAAAGCCUGUCAAUAUGAAGUUAUAGUGUUUACACUUUGCAUUGAACCCUUAGCCUUGUAUGACCUCUUGGACCUUUUGUUGUAGAUGGCGCUGUUAAGUCUGUGAGAAGCACUCUUUAUACAAAUUCAGAAGCAAUAACCCAACUCCUUUAUGUUUCCGGUGCUCAGAGUGAAGCCCAUUUCUGUCUUGGAAAUCAGUGAAUAUGAGUUGAAAUACACACUGAAUCUAGGGCUGCACGAUUAUGGCCAAAAUACUUAUCACGAUUAUUUUUGCUCUACAUUGAGAUCACGAUUAUUUAUCACGAUUAUUCAUAGAUUUUAGGAACAAAAUAUUUUGAUUGCAAAUUCACAUUUAAAUAAACAGAGCGCUGCUUUCACUUCAAUGUUGUGCUAAAUUAAAACCGUCAAAAAUUCUAAAUGUUGUCCUUUUACUUUGUUAUUGUCAUGUAUAUUGGUUAUUUGCAUAAAAAUACAAAUUAUUUAAUUUUUAUUAAUAAAAAAAAUCUUGAAUUAGUAGUUCUAAUUGUAUUUUAGAAGCUGCUUAGACGUAGUAUUAGGAAGUUAAACAGGUCAUAAUUCCUUCUCUAUUACCUGCUUUAUAGUGCUGUGAAAACAUCUCCUUCAAACAACUGCAGUUAUUCGCCAAAAACUCAAUUUUACAAGAUUACAUUUGAACGCAUCAUGACAGCGUUAUAAAUCUACCAUCGCCCUGUCCUCGGUUUACUCGAGGCCUAUUGAAAGAGGCUGGGUCAUGUGUCAUCAACGCGUCACAUCUUUGGGAUACAACACAUGCGCCGUAAAAUCUGGUCAGCACUGUCCGAAAUUGAGCCAAUCGCAACGCACGACCGCAACUCCAGUUACACUAUGCAUGUGUUAUACCCCAAGACCCGUGCCCGCCCAUGUCCCGGCCUCCUUCAAUAGGCCUUGAGUUUACUGAGUAGUGCUUUAACGCACCAUAACGGCGCCGUGUAGCAUGUAACUCCGCUGCUGUCACUGAUCACUAAGCGGCAUCAUGGGAAUAAAUUACAAUAUAGGGAGAGUCUGAUUAAGUUAGUUGUUCUUAAAAGGUAUAAUACGUAACCGUUGUCGGCAUUCAAAGUUAGCUCCUCCUCGUCGGAUCAACGAGCGAGGGAGAGAGAGGGAUCCGUGGUGGUCAAGCGAGCUAUAGAGUGAACGGAGAGAGGGACCGCAGUGAAAACAAAAGCAAUAAAUCAGAGAAAGAAAACGUUAUUUUCUGAUUGUUUCCCGGCGGUUACGUUCUAAAACGAUUAGGUUUAUGACUACUUGUUGGUUGUUUUAAGUUUGUUCCUCCACAACUUAUUUUGGACAAGCGGGCGUGACAAAUUACAGCUUUUUGUCUUCUUCGCUUACUGAAGAACUUCCACACCGACGACGUGUGACAUUACUGACUAUGCCGACGUAAAACCUUCAUGUGGCGGCUGCACAUGUAUCUGACCAGCAAAAAACGGAUAUAUUUGCACAUGAGACUGAUGAAAACCUUCUGGGUCUGUUAGUUUAGGAAGCGCUUGAUUUAUGCAGCAGAGUUUUCUAUGAGCACAGCACGUAUUAUAAACGUCAAUAUCACGGCGAUCGUGUUCAUUUAAUUGUGGGAAACCAAAAUGGUGAUUGCGAUUAAUAUUGGAUUAAUUGUGCAGCCCUGACUGAAUCUCAGUUUAAGAACUAGAUCUGGGCUUGACCGGAAUCCAGAAAAGUCUUUAUUUUUUACACUUGUGCAAUAUCCCUAAACAUGAAGUCAUACUGUAGUUUUUGAUCUUCAAAUGUUUAACAUAGUUCAGUGCUGUAAACCCCAUAAAAUGACUUUAUGUACUUGUGUGACUGGUGUAGAUGUAGCUCAGUGUAUAUAGGUGUGCAUAACUUACCCCAAAGUUGACUUCAGACUUCAGUCAGGAUGGAUUUUGAAGUAGCGUGAACCUAAAGAUGUAAAACACGUAUUGAAAUGCCUUACCAUUGCAUUAAAAAUGGUGUAUUAGCCUUAUCCAUCUGAGCAUCAAUGCACUUUUCCAAAUGCUUGUUAAAUAACUAAUUGUGUUCCACUGCACCAUGCAGAUAGGAUUUUUAUUCCUGUUCCAUUCAGGGAACUCAAUCACGCGCCCACUGAUAUCAAUGUCAUUUUAAUCUGCAGGUAGAAAGGAAAGUCCGAUUUGGCGCCCCACAUAUGAAUUCCAACUCGGAGGAAAUAUGAUUUUGGAUUGAUAAAUUAAAUUAUUGCGUGCCAGAUUGUAGGGGGGGUAAAAAAGUGGAUAGGCUUCGCUUCAUUGUAGCGAAUCAUAUUCACCUCAAACUUCAUUAUGUGAUCUACUUUACAUACUUUAUUGUGAGGAGUACGUGCUCUCUGACGCUUUCCAAUAAAAUGUGUGAUUUCCUUUCCCAGUCA